AUGCUAUUAGAUCAGGGGGAAGAUAGACCAGUUGGUAAUCCGGUACAAGAACUGGAAUUCAGAGACUUCAAUGAGUUUAUUGAAAGUACUGGAUUAGCAGAAACGAAGACUAGUGGAAGGAGUUUUACAUGGACAAAUGGUCACACUUAUAGUAAGAUUGAUAGAGCUUUGAUUAAUGCUGAAUGGAUGCUGGCCAUGCCACAUUUAGAGGUAUGGAUUAUGGAUCCACAUUGCUCUGACCAUUCACCACUGAGUAUAGCACUGGAGGAGAAUGAAGACUGUAGUCCUAAGCCAUUUAAAUUCCUAAAUCAUCUAGCUGAACAUGAUGAUUUUAUAAAGCUUAUUAAUGAAGCAUGGGAGGGGCCAGAGGAGCAAAACAGUAUAAGGAGUAUUUGGCAAAAACUAAAAAGAGUAAAACAGGCUAUGAAGGUGUUAAACAACAAUGAGUAUAAUGUUGUUGGUGAUCAGAUCAAGGUGUGUAGACAAAGAUUAACUGAUUUGCAAGAACAAAUGAGGGAUCCUGGUCAAGAUGAGGCCUUAGUAGCUGAUGUGAAAGAGAUGAAAAUGCAGCUAGAGAAAUGGCUAGGGGUGGAGGAAAGCAUUAUGAGGCAGAAGUCAAGAGUAAAAUGGCUAAAGCUAGGUGAUGCCAAUACAGCAUAUUUCUUUGCAAGUAUGAAAAACAGAUGCAGCCAGAACAAGAUCAGAAGAUUAAUAAAAUGUAAUGGGAAUACAGUGCAAACAAGGAAGGACAUUGAGGAGGAGGUGACAGGGUUCUAUCAACAACUAUUAGGCUCAUUAGCAAAUGAGUUGCCUGCUAUUAGCCAGCUGUCAUGA